GGCAAGCCACAGGCCGGUCCGGCAGUCCCUUCUCUUCGUAUUCAUGAGGCGGAGGGCCGCCGCGCUCAACGCGGAGGGCCUCGAGCUGAAUCGGAACGGUGACACGCGCGAAGCGCUCCGCUGCUUCGACGCAGCGCGUCGGAUGGUGCCAGGUGAGCCGCGCUUCGCGCUGUCGGCCGCAAACAUGCUCCUCAAGCUGCACAUGCCGGCUCCAGCACUGGCGCUGUACACGAGGCUCCUCGCAGCCGCGAGACAUUCCGAACUGCCACCUCGGUUGUAUUCUCUGGCGACGGCCAAGCGCGACGAGGCGGCUGCGGCAGUCCGGGCCGGUGUCGGGGUCGGCGGCCAGCCGCAGCCUGGGCCAGAGGCACCGAGGCUGCUGGACAAGCUGGGCGGCGGCUGCUACGGCUCCGUCUGGCGCGGGCGCGAGGGGUCCGGGCGCGAUGUCGCCGUCAAGAUAGUGCCGCUGCAGGAGGGUCUCGCGCCGGGCGAGGUGCAGCUCGAGCUCGAGCGCGAGAUCCUGCUCCUGCGCUCCUUCUCGCACCCGCACAUCGUCCCGUUCCUGGGCGCCUUCCCGCUCCCCGGUGCGGGGGAGGUGUGGGUGCUGCUGGAGCUCUGCGAGCGCGGCUCGCUGCAAGAGGUCGUGAGGGCGGUGGGGCCUCCCUCGGACGCCGAGGCGGCCGCCGCUGCGCACGACGUGCUGCAGGGGCUGCGGUACCUGCACGUGGAGCGGGGCACGCUGCACCGUGACGUCAAGGGCGGCAACCUGCUCCUCACCCGGGGAGGGGUGGUCAAGAUCGCAGACUUUGGCGUCUCGAGCUGCAUCGGCGACCUCUCCGCCUCGAGCGUCACCGGGACCCCCCAGUGGAUGGCCCCGGAGGUCAUCACGGGCGAGGCGCGCGGCGCCAAUAUCGACAUCUGGCCAUAUGCAUAUGAUAUGUGUCAUGCCUGCCUGCGUAAGGAGCAGCAGCGGCGGCCGACCAGCGACGAGCUGCUUCGCGGCGCCGAGAGCGCCGCCGCCGCCGCCGAGGCGCCUGCCGAGCGAGCGUUGCCGCCCGGGUACCGCGCGCCGCUGGAGGGGCGCGACGCGCUGUACUGCUUGGCGGAGCGGGUGGCGCGGGCGGGCGCGGCGGGGGAGGAGGGCGAGGAGGGCGAGGAGGGCGAGGAGGCGGAGGCGGCGGAGGCG